UAUUAGUGACAACCAUUUUUUGGCGUGUGUAGCAGAAAGAAGCCGCUUAAAGAAGAAACAGCGAAAAACGCUCAUUUACAAAUAUUACACGCAAGACUGAAGGCUUAUCGUACACUAGCACGCCCGGCAUCAUUAGAAGUGGUCUCCAUAAUAAGUUAAUAUUCUCAUUUUCCUUCCUGCUGCAAUCAGCCCAACAAAUAAACAGCCAAAAUGUCUGAUGAAAAGAAAGUUGGCGAAACGGAACACAUCAAUCUUAAAGUUUUGGGCCAAGACAAUGCCGUUGUACAGUUUAAAAUCAAGAAGCAUACACCAUUGAGGAAACUAAUGAAUGCCUAUUGUGACCGCGCUGGACUCUCCAUGCAGGUGGUGCGUUUCCGUUUCGAUGGCCAGCCGAUCAAUGAGAACGAUACUCCAACCUCACUGGAGAUGGAGGAGGGUGACACUAUAGAGGUGUAUCAACAGCAAACCGGCGGAGGCAGCAUCAUUGUUGCAUUUUAUUAAAUAAAAUAUAUAUUAUACAUAGUUAAGCUCCUAGUUACACCUCAUUUUUAUGACAAACAAAACAAGAAAAAGCAAGGAAAAAAAAAACACUAAACAACAACAAACGCGCUUUGCUAUCAUACUGAAAACGACAACAAAAAACAAACAAAACAAAAAAAAAACAAAUACAAUUUAUACAAAACUGUCCGGCAGAUUAAUUGAAAAAAUAAAGCAUUCUUAUAAAAACUACGAUUAUGAUAAAAGGA